AAAGUAACGGUGCCUUUCCCGCUCCAAUUUAGAAUUCCAAUUGUCAUUGGCGCUUUGUAAUUUUGUCCCUUGUAUUUCUUGUAUUUCCUAUUUUUCCGUUUAUUUUUGCGCUUCGUGCGUCCAAGGAUGAGUCUGCAGGACGAGAGCUUUCCGGCGGACGAGCUGUUUGACCACCUGAACAAUCCGAGUGGUCAGGCCGCCAGGAGGAGCUACUUUUCGGAGCACCAUCAGCCGGCCGCCUUUCAACGGAAUGCGUCGCCAUUUUUGGAGAUCUGCCACGCGGAUGCGGAUGUGGACGGAGAUGGGGACGCGGAUGUGGCCAACAAGAGCGCCAAAACGUGUGUCAGCGAUCCCGCGGGUCGUGAUCAGGAGGAUGACGUCGACGUCGAUGACGGCCAACUGGGUGACGAGAAGGUUCCUUUGGGCAGCGGGCGCGGCAGCAAGGCGGUGUCCUACCAGGACAUCCACUCGGCCUACACGAAGCGCCGCUUCAAGCACGUGACCAGCAAGGUGGGCCAGUACAUAGCGGAGAUCCAUGCCCAGGACCAGAAGCGACGCAAUGCGUCCGGUUCCGGCUUCCAGCGGCACAGCUCCAUGCCCGAAUACCUGACGCCCAAUUCGCGGCGGGACGGAGACCACGAUGGCCACUUUAAGAUGGACAGCUCCCCCACACAUUCGCACUCCAAUUCCAAUUGCAACUCAAGCUGCAGCUACGAGCGCUUGCUGGCGGAGAUCGAGAGCCUGCAGCAGGACAGGGAGCGCCUGCAGCACGAGAAGAAGCACCUGCAGGCAUACAACGAGCAUAUCCAGCUCAGCCUGGACAAGAAGAUGGCUGAUAACAUACAGAUGAAGCGCAAUUUCGAGAUCAUGCGCACAGAGCUAAGCGACUGCCAGCAAAAGCUGAGGCGCCACCAGAGCCACUCGCUGAGGUCACUGAACUCCUGGCCGCCGGCGGGCGUUGCCAAGGCCACACAGACGGAACCCUUGCUGGCCAUGGCCACCAUCUGCUCCUCGGGCAACGCCCUGAAAACGCCCCUGCCGCUAGGCAACCUCACCUACAACAGCAGCGAUGGAUCUAUCGAGCUAGCCCUGCUCAGUGUGGCGGCACCGGUUCGAAUACCGCAGAAUCCCGACCAGAGCAAAAAAGCCAUCCGCCCGCAAUCCUUGGACUUCAGCAGUGUCAGCACUGAAGCCGAUGGCAGCGGAACCGGCGAGGCUCCUGGUAACUCCGCGUCCAGGGCCCUGGUCAGAAGAGCUCCGGCGCCCAACAACUCGGAGACCAGUCAGCCCAGCAGCAACGACUCUGCCAUCGAGGUGGAGGGCCACGAGGAGGAGCAGCGGCCCCCCGCCAGGCAGUGGGGUCAACGUGGCGGCAACUACUACUUCGACAAGCGCAACAACCGCGUCAUCGAGAUCAUCAAUCUCAGCCAGAAUCCGAAUCAGACCGUGGACACGAGUCAAAGCCAAAGCAUCAACGAUAGCCAGGCACAUCUGCUGGUCCACACGAUGGCGCAGUCCCAUGUCCACUUCAGGAGCAAAAGGAACACCCUGGGCAGUCGGGUCCUCCGCUUCCUGGGGCCCUGUGUUCGGUGCCGAAAUGAUCCCAGUGGCGGUGACCCUCUCAAUGGCAGCAACGAAACAUAUACGGUGGGAUUGCCGCUUAUGCCGGAGGAGGAGUUCGUGGACCCAAGGAACAGGCGCUAAUCCCCCAUCCAAACUAUUUUAUUUAUUUAUUUGUAUCAUCAUAUCUUGUUAUUUUAUGUCGCGUUAAGUUUAUCCAUGUAGUCACCAUUUUUAUUGCCUCAGUAUGUAGUUAACCAAUAUGUGCAUGUUUAACCAAAUUAAAAAAGGGCAACCAAGUUUCCCUCCGAAAAUGAAAAGCUUUCCGAGACAUUUUGUAGGAGAAA